AUGGGCGAUAUAGGCAUUCAGUCAAGAACAUACAUAAUUGUGAUAACCCUAGAUGCGCCGGUUUCUGACCUUGCGGUGUAUUUCUUGCAGCCCAUUGACUGGUCAGAACCCUGGAUUAUCGGACUCCUUGGUUUCCACCUGGUUUGCUUCGUGUUGACCGUCGUAUCCUUCAGAUUCUACAGAUUACAGAUCCUCCACUUCCUGAUCAUGGUGGGCCUUGUUAGCUGCGCUGAAUACAUCAAUGAAGUGGCCGCCAUGAACUGGAAGUUGUACUCGCGGCAGCAGUACUUCGAUUCUCCCGGAAUGUUCAUUUCUUUAGCUUUUUCAGCACCUUUGCUGUGCAACACUAUAAUAAUUGUGGUCCAUUGGGUGUAUAAGACGUUGUCCACAAUGACAGAACUUAAGGCUUUACAGAAGAAGCGAAAAGCGGCUAAAGACAAAAAGAAAGGCAACUGAACCCAACCGCCCUAUGAGCCAAGCUGCAGCCGCACCAUUCAUGGUCUGUGGGACCUCUAGAGCAGUGGUCACCAAACUGUGGUCCUCCAGCUUUUGCAGAACUACAACUCCCAGCAUGCCCGGACAGCCGUUGGCUGUCCGGGCAUGCUGGGAGUUGUAGUUUUGCAACAGCUGAAAGCUGGAACAGUUUGGAGACCACUGCUCUAGGGGAAGCAGAACACAGCACUAUGUCCCAUCUGUUCUUAAAGGGGUACUCCGGAGGAAAACUUUUUUUUUUUUUUUU